AUGCUAUGUUGUAGUUUGACAUCUGCAGUCAGUGUUCAGACAAUGCUAUCUUGUAGUUUAAAAUCUGCAGUCAGUGUUCAGACAACGCUAUGUUGUAGUUUAAAACCUGCAGUCAGUGUUCAGACAACGCUAUGUUGUAGUUUAAAACCUGCAGUCAGUGUUCAGACAACGCUAUGUUGUAGUUUAAAACCUGCAGUCAGUGUUCAGACAACGCUAUGUUGUAGUUUAAAACAUGCAGUCAGUGUUCAGACAACGCUAUGUUGUAGUUUAAAACCUGCAGUCAGUGUUCAGACAGCGCUAUGUUGUAGUUUAAAACCUGCAGUCAGUGUUCAGACAACGCUAUGUUGUAGUUUAAAACCUGCAGUAAGUGUUCAGAUAACUCUAUGUUGUAGUUUAAAACCUGCAGUCAGUGUUCAGACAACGCUAUGUUGUAGUUUAAAACCUGCAGUCAGUGUUCAGACAACGCUAUGUUGUAGUUUAAAACCUGCAGUCAAUGUUCAGACAACGCUAUGUUGUAGUUUAAAACCUGCAGUCAGUGUUCAGAUAACUCUAUGUUGUAGUUUAAAACCUGCAGUCAGUGUUCAGAUAACUCUAUGUUGUAGUUUAAAACCUGUAGUCAGUGUUCAGAUAACUCUAUGUUGUAGUUUAAAACCUGUAGUCAGUGUUCAGAUAACUCUAUGUUGUAGUUUAAAACCUGCAGUCAGUUUUCAGACAACGCUAUGUUGUAGUUUAAAACCUGCAGUCAGUGUUCAGACAACGCUAUGUUGUAGUUUAAAACCUGCAGUCAGUGUUCAGACAACGCUAUGUUGUAGUUUAAAACCUGCAGUCAGUGUUCAGACAACGCUAUGUUGUAGUUUAAAACCUGCAGUCAGUGUUCAGACAACGCUAUGUUGUAGUUUAAAAACCUGCAGUCAGUGUUCAGACAACGCUAUGUUGUAGUUUAAAACCUGCAGUCAGUGUUCAGACCACGCUAUGUUGUAGUUUAAAACCUGCAGUCAGUGUUCAGACCACGCUAUGUUGUAGUUUAAAACCUGCAGUCAGUGUUCAGACAACGCUAUGUUGUAGUUUAAAACCUGCAGUCAGUGUUCAGACAGCGCUAUGUAGUAGUUUAAAACCUGCAGUCAGUGUUCAGACCACGCUAUGUUGUAGUUUAAAACCUGCAGUCAGUGUUCAGACAACGCUAUGUUGUAGUUUAAAACCUGCAGUCAGUGUUCAGACAGCGCUAUGUUGUAGUUUAAAACCUGCAGUCAGUGUUCAGACAACGCUAUGUUGUAGUUUAAAACCUACAGUCAGUGUUCAGACAACGCUAUGUUGUAGUUUAAAACCUGCAGUCAGUGUUCAGAUAACGCUAUGUUGUAGUUGACAUAGUUCAUUUAAUUUAGUUAUUUUUCACCUUUUUUCCUGCUCUUGUCUUCCAGAGUUUUCUUGUCUUUGCUUUGAUCAAAUUCCUCCUAUUUUCUGUGCAUCAAACAUAAACCAAACCCAGCCCAAGAGAACGUACAAUAGGGAACUUAUGUCAUCAGAACUUACCAAGAGAUCGCUGAUUCGACUUCAGGUGCCAAUUCAGCUACUUAUGUACUGUAGUCGGCAGUAAAAAAUAGUAAUUCACAUGUCUAUUCAACAAAAUACUUCUGCUUUUCUAACGGCUCCCCUUAUGAAUGACAGACUCUCACCUAAUAGAGGUGUCUCUCCGCUCAAUACGGCAUGAUUGAGAGAAUAAAUAAAAGAAGGAAGAGAAGGGAAAAGAAAGUCGAUGCGUUCAGAGUUCCCUUCCUGUCAGAAUCAUUUUAGUCCUGUGUGUUUAUAGGGUGGUAGUAGUAUUAUAUGGCGUCCAGUUCUAGAUGGAGGGUGCUGGGGCGAGAAACCAAUCAAAUCUUUAUUUUGUGAUCUAUGGUGUAUUCCUCUCUUCAGGGACUCACAAAGUCUGUGGAAAGAUGAAGAACAAAACAAAUACAUUCAUAUACUGUAUCUCUUGAUUGCGCUUUUUAUUAUCAAGUCCCAUUAAUAUAAUUAAAAACAAAAAACUAUGUUUUAAGUGAGAAGUAGGGAUUGGUCAGAAGCCGAAAAAGAAAGGAAAUUCACAUGAGCACCACAAUGCCUACUCCACCCAUGCUCUACCAAGUUAAAAAUAAAAUGCUCCUUGAGGUUUGAAACUGACCACUCUAAUUUAAAACAACUGGGAAUUUCUACAUGGAGGACAUGGUUUAAUUUUUCUGUCCUUUUAGGCAAUUAUUUAAAAUGUUUAUCAGGUCUUACUGGGUCAAAAUCCAAUCAUCUGACAAAUGUAGUUUUAUAUUCAUCCUAAGGAAUCCCUGAAUAUUUAAUUAAGUUCAAUUUUCUAUUGGGAUUGAAUUAAUUUCCAAUUGUCAAGUAAUGUUAUUUAUUAUAUACUUAUGUAUCUAAUUGUUAUUAGUUUAUAGGUAGCCUAGACUGUUUCUAUUAGUUUUUAUCAUCACUGUUAAAACAUGUCUCUCUCCAAGAUAAAUCUUGGAAAUCGACACACAAAAACGAAAAGCAUGCAUUGCACAGUAAUUUUACUCACUCUGUCUGUUUUCCUAUUAUAGUGAAACUAAACUCAAGAAGAUUUCUCCAUCAGGCGUCUUUGACUCGAGUAUAUCCAGGUACGAAUCCUCCUGCAGACAAUCUGUGAGAGCGUGCCAAAUGAAUAGCCGAGAGGCGCGCAUACUUUUUAAGCAGGAGAUGCCCGGGAAGAGACGAGAAAGAAACAGCAAUCACUUUUUCUCACCACCACCUCUACGGUAAUUUCCCCUUUCAACCGGUUUCCACCAGCUUCUAAAGCCACAAAUUCAGAUUCCACAGUCACAAAGUCAGAUUCCACAGCCACAAAGUCAAAAUUGGAAAAACAUUUUUGUUUUUUGAUCUUUAUUUAAGGUUAGGGUUAGGCAUAUGUUUAGCAGUGUGGUUAAGUUUAGGGUUAGGUUUAAAAUCACAUUUUAAGAAGAUAAAUUGUAGAAAUGGGAGGGGUUUAUGACUUUGUGGCUAUAGAAGCUAGUGAUAAUAAAAUAAUAUGCCAUUUAGCAGACGCUUUUAUCCAAAGCGACUUACAGUCAUGUGUGCAUACAUUUUUACGUAUGGGUGGUCCUGGGGAUCGAACCAACUACCCUGGCGUUACAAGCGUUACAAGUGCCAUGCUCUACCAAUUGAGCUACAGAGGACCAAUUGAUGACCCGUUUCGACUGAGGGUCAGUACAGCUAAGCUACUAUAAAGUCCAAAAUAGAUUUCAAGAAAAUACGGAAAUAACCAACCCGAACCUGCUAGAAAUGUAGCCUAACGACUUGUUUGUUUUGCCCUUGUUAGCUUGUUGUAGUCCAAGUAUCUGUUAAGCAGCCUCGGGUUUGUAAAAACCUCAUCACUUUAAGGAACUGAUUUUUUCCAACAAACCGCCUUGAAAAAUAUCCCACUCCCUCUGCAUGUAGGCUAUAACACCUGUAAGAUCUCUCUCUCUCUCUCUCCUCUCCCUUCUCUCUCUCUCCCCUCUCUCUCUCCUCUCUCUCCUCUCUCUCCUCUCUCCUCUCUCUCUCUCUCCUCUCUCUCUCUCAUCUCUCUCCUUCUCUCUCUCUCCUUCCUCUUCCUCUAGGACUCUCUUCUCUACUUCUCGUCUAAACUCCCUUACCUACUGAGUCAAUGGGCUAGGAGACAUCAAUCUCAAUGUGCUUAUCUUUUUAUACCUCUCUCAGCUACUCUCUCUUACCCUGCUGUUCCAUUUAUGAAAGCAUAUUUGUGUUACAAAAUCUGAGUUGAGCAAUUGAGCUAGGCACAAAUUAUCAAAGGAUAUAAUAGUUUAAGCAAUAGUCUAAGCUGUUUUCUUUGUACGGCAAUCAUGAAAGAGCACAAUCGUAGACAAUAAGCGAGGCACUAACACUCCGCCAUGGCUCGUUGGCCACAGCCUAUGGGGAAAUGAAUGAUCUUUUGUUGUAGUACGUAGAGAGGAAUUGAGAGAAGACACUAAAUGUUCCCUAGACUAUUGUCUGCGUGACACACAACACACACACACCACACAACACACACACACACACACACACACACACACACACACGUCGCUUUCCCUCGCUAUCAGGCCUCAUUAGGAAGAGAUACUGAGACACCCAGAGAAUUGUUCUUCUCUUACACACACACACACACACACACACACACACACACACACACACACACACACUGUAUUUGCGCUCCCUAUAUUAUACGUAAUUAUAAUAAUAAGGGAAAAAGUAAAAUCGAACAGGUUCGUUGUUGUCUUUAUUUAUUUAGGUUUUCGCUCUGUCACACUUUUUUGUUGUUGAAAAACAAGAAAAUCAAGUUCGAAUGCCACAAACAAUAUGGUAAACCACACAGGAGACCACUUUUGAGGGCUGGGAAAAAAUCUAAUAAAUGUAGUGCAGGCACCUAGCAAUGUUGUUUGGUUAGCAGUGUUUCUGUAGCACAUGAGAUUCAUGGAUUCAUGCAAAUAAAUUAUAUCAUUCUGCCAAGCAAGCAUAGACUUACUUGUAGCACUUACAUUUAAUUGAUGUUUUUGGGAAGGCGUGUCCAUCUACCAGAAAUGGUAGGCCUAUCAUUAGAUUGCUAUAUUUUCCGUUCUUAAUGUUUGAAACCUGACGCUUUAAUCAUAUUAUGAGGCAUGUCUUAACUUGCUUCAAAGUAGCCAAUAGCCAAAAAAUAACCCCAUAGAAAAGGGGAGGCAAUAUGGAUAGUGCGUUCUCCUGUUCUGUGGUUUUCUUUAAACUUUCUUUCACGUUGAGUAGCCAAAAGGUAGCGUGGGCAGAUGAAACCAUGAUAGUGUUGCAUUUUCUCCCUUUUCAUAUUUCUUGUUUUUUCUUUUUAUAACGAGUUCCCAUCAUGAAACCGUUUGCAUUGUGCAGUAGAACAGGUUUUCCGCAAAUUGCCUUUUGCGAACAUUGGCGCAUAGGCCUACCAAUGGGUGCCACAUCGCGCACUGAAAAGGUGAAGAAAAUAAUAGUUAUCACAGGUGAAGCUAAACAUUUUGAUCCGUUCCUAUCAGCCUGAUCUUGAUCGGCGUAUACCUCCACUUACGAUACUUUUUAUAUGCAUUGUGGGGAUUAGAAGUGAGUAUAUGCAAUGCCCAUGAUAAAUAAGUGGGCACAUGGCAUAAUAAAAGGAUUUAUGUUCAGCCACCAUUGUGCAAGUUCUCCGAGACUUAAAAAGAUAGAGAGGCCUUAAUUUUCAUCAUAGGUACACGGUCAACAUGACAGAAAAUUGAGCAAAAACAUAUCCAGAAAAUUCACAUUGUAGGAUUUUUAUGGAAUGGAUUUGCAAAUUAUGGUGGAAAAUUAAGAUUGGGUCACCUACAAAAAGCAAGAUUUCUGGCUCUCACGACCUGUAAACUUUUCUUAAGAGGACUCCUGUCCUCCAAUCGUGCCUGUAUUAAGGCACCUUUUAAUUGUUAUCAGUAGAAAAGGACACUGUCCACAACCAAACAGUACACUCCAAACUCCACUAUGGCCAAGACCAAAGAGCUGUUCCAAAGUGACACCAGAAACAAAAAUGUGUAGAUGCACCAGGACUGGGAAGAUGAAUCUGCAAUAGGUAAGACAGCUGGUUUGAAGAAAUCACACUGUGAGCAAAUUUUAGGAAAUGAAGAUAAUACAAGAACACUGAAUUAAUCUCCCUCGAUCUGGGGCCUUUCCACGCAAGGACCACCUCGUGGGGUCAAAAUGAUCACAAGACCGGUGAGCAAAAUCCCAUAACACACGGGGGAGACCUAGUGAAGGACCGCAGAGAGCGGACCAAAAGUAACAAAGCCUACCAUCAUCUGAAACACACUACGCGCCAGGGACGCAAAUCCUGCAGUGCCGCGUGGUCCCCCUGCUUAAGCCAGACAUGUCCAGAGCCCGUGCUGAAGUUUGCUAAGUGCUUGGAUGAUCCAGAAGAGGAUUGGAGAAUGUCUAUGGUAGGAUUGGAAACCCAAAAUAAACUUUGGUAAAAACUCAACUCGUCGUGUUCUGUGAGGACAAAGAAUGCUGAGUGCAUCAAAGAACACCAUACCUAAUGUGAAGCCAUGGGGGGAACUCAGCUUUGGGGCUGUUUUGCCCAAGGGAAAGGCGACUGACAGGCAAAGGAAAGAAUUGAAUGGGGGCCAGGUAUGUGAGAUGUGAGUGGAGGAGACAUCCUUCCAUAGCAAGGCAUUGAAGAUGAAACGUGGCUGGGUCUUUCAGCAUGACAAUGAUCCCAAACACACCGCCCGGGCAACGAAGGAGUGGCUUCGUAAGAAGCAUUUAAGGUCCUGAGGGCUAGCCAGUCUCCAGAUUCAACCCCAUAGAAAAUCUUUGGAGGAGUUGAAAGUCCGUGUUGCCCAGCGACAGCCCCAAAAACAUCACUGCUUAGCGGAGAUCUGAAUGGAGGAAUGGGCCAAAAUACCAGCAAACAGUGGUGGAAAACUUGUUGAAGACUACGCAAACGUUGACCUGGGUCAUGCCAACAAAGGGUAUAUAACAAAGUAGUGAGGAAACUUGUAUUGACCAAAUACUUAUUUCCACAUAAUUUGCAAAAUAAAUCAUUAAAUAGCAUACAAUGUGAUUUCUGGAAGUUUUUUUCUCAUUUUUGGUCUGUAAUAGUUUGACGUGUACCUAUGAUGAAAACAGGGCCUCUCUCAGCUUUUUAAGUGGGAGAACUUGCAAAACAAUUGGGGGGAUGACUAAAUACUUUCUCCACUGUACCUGCGUACAGGGUUGGGGAUAACAUGAUUUAAAUUGUAAUCGCGAUCUUUUUUUAAACUGUAACGGUAAUCAGUUACGUGGUACAAGUUCAAAAAUAUUGUAAAUCAGAUUACAACGACUUUUGAAACUAGAUGAUAUUUUCGUAAUUAGAACAGUGUUGCAUAAAAAAUUAAUUAUGACAUCCUUCUGCUUGCCGGUGAAAAAGUGUAAGUUUGUUCCAACGGAGCGAUCACAGACAGAGAUCACUAUGAUGUCACACAAGCAUUUGCUGGAUCCGUUUGUCUCUUCUAAGGCCUCUUAAGGGAAAAGUAAUCCCAAAAUAAACUGAAAAUAGUCAGAUCUAUGUUACUGAGUUUGGGUAAUCAAAAGUGAGUAAUGAUUACAAUGUUGGACAGGUAACUAGUAACUGUGAACGGACUACAUUUUAGAAAAGUAAAAAAACUACAAACCCGAUGCGUAACACCACUUUAAACACUGCUCAGAGGUGAGGUCAAUGGAGAUGUGUUUUGAACAAACGCAGUCCAGACACACCCCAAACACAUACAUCUAUUACAUACGACAACACACACACACUCUCUCCUACUUGUGUCUUCUUCAGGUCAGCCCAAAUGCUGGUUCCCGUCUCGCCCCUCAUCAGAACAUGGUAGGUGAAGAAGUAGAUACCGGUAGAGGACAGGAAAUUCCCCCAGUAUAGGCUCACAGUAGUUCCCUACAUUGGUCACCACAUCAUCAAACUUAACACCUGCUGCCUAGUGCUGUUUCCUUAGCCCUGAAAACAAGGCAUCUGGGGCUGUAGAAGGAGGGGCAUAACCAUUAGGUCCAGGGCGGGAGGCCCCUGGUGGCCUGGGCUUGCCUGAUUCCCCUGGGGGUCUCGGCGCCUGGAGGACCAGGGAUCCCAGGGACCCCGCGGUAACCCCGUUUUCUUCCUCCCAGGGUUAUUCCGGUUGGGGGGACAUGGCUUGUCAGCUCCUGGCCUGGUUGGGCAGUUACUAUUAUUUAAAACGGGUCACAGCCAUUCUGCAGCUCCCCAGCAAUCUCAUAAUGGGUCCCCCGCGCCACUUCCUAGUGGUUUAG